AUGGAGGGCACCCUCAGCAGGUUUGCAGGUCACACCAAGAUGAGUGGGGCAGGUCUCUCCCUGAGGGAUCUGGACAGGCUCAAGUGGUGGCCCAUGGGAACCUCAUGAGGUUUAACAAGGCCAAGUGCAGAUGCUGCGCCUGGGGCAACCUUUGGAAUCAGUCCAGACUUGGGAUGAGCAGAUGGAGGAGCUCUGGGAGAAGGAAUUGGGGGUGCUGGACACAACCCAGCCCAGAAUCCCCCUGUCCUGCGUUCAUCCCAUAGCAUGGGCAGCAGGAAAUUCUCUUGGAUUGUUGUGUGAGGGAAAAAUGUAGGUGAACUAGCAGAGGAGUGCUGUUUUACAGUAAGGAUCACCACAUUUAAAAUGUUCACUCAGGGUGGGAAGAAGGGCAUGGCAGGCUGAGAGAGUUACGGCUGCUCAGCCUGGAGAACAGCUGGUUCCAGGGAGACUUUGGUGCCCUUUCCAGUACUUAAAGGAGCCUUAGAAGAAGGCUGGAGGGGUACUUUGGACAAAGGCAUGGAGUGAUAGGACAAGAAAAAUGGCCCUAAGCUGAAGGCAGGCAGAUUUAGAUUAGGUGUUGGGAAGGAAUUUCUGACUGUGAGGGUGGGCAGGCCCUGGCACAGGUUGCCCUGAGAAGCUGUGUCUGCCCCUGGAUCCCUGGCAGUGUCCAAGGCCAGGCUGGAUGGAGCUUGGAGCAGCCUGGGACAGUGGAAGGUGGCCCUGCCCAUGACGGGGACGGCACUGGGUGGUCAUUAAAAGUCCCUUCCACCCAGACCAUUCCAUGUCUCUAUGACUGUGCUGCCCCUCCCUGCCAUGCCCAGCACACAGAACCAGCCCCUCUGUGACAGCGGCUCUGGGCCGGGGGCACUGUGAGCACCACAAAGGCUGUGGGUGCUGUGGCGGUGGCUGCACUGGAGGUGACACCUCGGUUCUGGCUGCUGCCACCUGCACUGGCACCAAUGGCUUUUCUGUGGCUUCUCAUCCUGCUGGCCCUGGCCUGGCCCGUGGGAGGCACCUGGGACACCUGCAGCGGGACCUGUGGGCUCCGGCCCAUGGCUUCUGACCACAGCUCUGCAGUUCUCGACUAUGGCUCCGUGGCUUCUGCUGCUGGCACGUCCCAUGUCAUGGGUGGCACCAGUGUCCAGCCAGGGGCCUGGCCUGGCAUUGUCAGCAUCCAGGCCACCUGGGAGAACGGCACGUGGCACAUGUGCACCGGUGUCCUCCUCAGCUCCCAGUGGGUCCUCACGGUCGCGCACUGCUUCGCCAGGGGCGGGGACAUCUCCACGUGGGAGGUGGUGUUGGGGGCCAUAGAUCUGACUCAGCUGGGCCCUGAGGCUGAGGUGAGACACAUCCAGAGGCUCCUGGUACACCGGCACUACGUGCCUGCCACGGCGAGGAAUGACAUCGCCCUGCUGGAGCUGGAGCAGCCCGUGGAGUGCAGCGACUACAUCCAGCUGGGCUGCGUGCCCGACGCCUCGCUCAGGGUCUCGGAGCUGAAAUCCUGCUACAUCGCCGGCUGGAACUUUGCCAGAGCUCAGGGAACAGGCAUGGUGCUGCAGGAGUCCAAGGUCCACCUGAUGGACACAGAGCUCUGCAACAGCAGCCCAUGGUACGCGGGGGCCGUUCAUGCUGACAACCUGUGUGCUGGGUACCCGCAGGGUGGCAUCGACACCUGCCAGGGGGACAGCGGGGGUCCCCUCGUCUGCAAGGACAACAGAGCUGACUACUUCUGGCUUGUGGGAAUGAACAGCUGGGGAAAAGGCUGUGACAGAGCCAGGCACCCCGGGGUCUACACCUCCACUCAGCACUUCUACAACUGGAUCCUGCUCCAGACGGGCCUGAGCCCAGCAGAAAGAGCCGGUCCAGCACCGGAGCCAGUUGUCACCUUGGCCCCUGAGCAGAGUCUGGAACCAGAGGAACCAGAAGAACCAGAGGAACCAGAGGAACCAGAGGAACCAGAGGAACACAUCCGCUUGACCCCCGAGUACAGCCAGCGACCAGUGGUGACAUCCUCGGGCACGUCACUGCCCGUGCUGUUCCCACACCAGAUCCUGGUGCAAUUCUGGAAUCUGCUGCAGGAGUUCCUGCAGUUUCUGAAGGACAAAGAAGCUUGAGCAGCAACAGGAUGAGCAGGACCCAGGGCUACAGUGGACCACAGCAUUUCCUGCCAGGCCAAAGGUAGCCUUGGGCCAGGGGCUUCUCUGUCCUGCCCGUGCUGCUCUGCUGU